AUGAGCGCUAACGAUGGGGGAAGCCAGGCUGUUUCCCGCCCAUCUGAGGCCACUCCGCUCCUGCGAGAAGAAUCGCACCGGGAAAGUACGCCUUAUUACAGCGUGGUCACCAGCGGAGAUGGGGAAGCAGGGUCAUCGAGGAGUGAAGACAUCAAUAAGGUAACCACUCUCGGUCUCACUCGAGUCAGUUCCUCGUCCGGGCUGGAAAUUGAACCGAGCCUAGAGAGAUUGGUCUCCGAUGACUCCACAAAUGGGGGAGUUUGUGAUGACGACGAGGACGACAAUUACGCCGCGCAAUUCAUUGACGUAUCUCCGACGCGAUUCUGGCUGAUCUUCUCAGGCGUGAUGGUGGGGUUCCUGAUGGCUUUCUUCGACUCGACUCUCAUGGCUUCCAGCCAUCCAGUCAUCACGUCCUAUUUCCAUGCCGCCAAUGCGGCAUCAUGGCUAUCCACUGCAUUUCUGCUUACAUCGACGGCCUUUUUGCCCCUUUUUGGGCGCAUUUCUGAUGCAUUUGGCCGUAAACCUGUCUAUCUCUUUUCUAUUACCAUGUUCUUCUUGACGACGGCAUGGUGUGGCCUCGCCCAGAGCAUCGGUACCUUUAUCGCUGCCAGAGCGCUGUGCGGAAUGGGUGCAGGUGGUGUGAUCUCCAUGGGCCAGAUCAUUUCUAGCGAUCUGGUGCGCAUCGAGUAUCGCGGUAUCUAUCAGUCAUAUCUCAACCUCUGCCUCGGCACUGGCAGCUGUUUGGGACUUGCAUUCGGUGGUCUUCUUUGCGACCAGAUUGGAUGGAGGGGGGCGUUCUUUAUCCAACUUCCCUUUAUCUUCGUCCUGUUCAUCAUAGCCUCCUGCACGAUCCCUGCGGGCCUUGGAGUGAAACGGGUCGGAUCAGAGCGCAUGAGUGUAUUGCAACUGAUCCGAAGCAUCGACUUGACCGGCUCAUUUAUCCUGAUUCUGGCGGUCACGGCAUUAAUCAUGGGGUUGAAUCUGGGUGGAAAUAUCUUUCCCUGGAGCCAUCCUCUGGUCAUUGGUUCCUUGGUGGCAUCGGUCAUUUUAGCAAUUAUACUGGUGCGGUAUGAACGGAACAUCCCUCGAGCCGUUCUACCCAUCGAACUGCUUUCAAAGGACCCUCGCGCUAGCAUCAUCUUCGGCAAUUUCUUCGGGGCUGUUUCAGUUCACACCAUGAUGUUCAAUGCCCCAUUGUACUUUCAAGCUGUGAAGCUUUCUAGCCCGACUGACUCUGGCUUACGACUUGUCGCCGCUUCCAUCGCGGUUACUGCAUCUAGCGUCGGGACUGGGUUUCUCAUUACAUGGACCAGGCGUCUGAAGCCCACGAUCAUCAUCGGCGCCUGCUCUAUGCUCCUCGGAGGAUGUGCCGCGGCCACGAUGGGUGUCAACACAGCCCCUGCAGUCGCAAUGCUGUGCGUCUCCUUCUCCAGUCUCGGACAAGGCUUCUCGUUUCCUGCUCUGAUGGUUUCGAUUCUCGCUACGAGCGAGCAGGAUGAUCAAUCCGCGGCAACUACGACUCUGGGUCUCGCCCGUAACCUAGGGUCGGUGAUGGGCGUGGCUAUUAGUAGCUGGAUCUUCCAAAACGCGCUUGUCUAUCAGCUUGAUCAGAAGGUGACCGGUACCGAGAAGUCACAUAUUAUCGGCCUUGUUCGCAAGUCUAUUCGUGCUAUUGGUGAUCUUGAUACAUUCCAUCGACAACAAGUGAUCGGAGCAUAUGCCAUGGCACUUCGUGUGACGUUCAUGUCAGCGGCUGUCUGGGGCGCGAUCAUGUUAAUACUCCACUCUCGGCUUAGACUACCUCGGCUGGGUAGUAAAUCCAGAAAAUAA